AUGGCUCCGGUUAACCAAGCAGCAUGGCUCGAUGGCGGCGGCAAGAAGCUUAGAGUCGCUGACAGCGAGUAUCCAAGCCCAGGCGCCGAUGAAAUUGUUAUCAAGAACCACGCUAUCGCAAUCAACCCCGUGGAUUGGAAGAUCCAAGACCAUGGUCUCUUCAUCAAGAAUUGGCCCGCCAUUCUAGGAACAGACAUGGCUGGAGAGGUCGUUGAAGUCGGCUCCAAUGUUUCCAAGUUCAAGAAGGGAGAUCGCGUGAUCAGCCACUCCGUAGCUCUCGCCACGGGAAACAAUGCCGGCGCCGGAUUCCAACUAUACUCUACCGCCCCUGCAGCUACCUCGGUCGUGCUCCCGAGUAAUGUCUCGUACAAUGAGGGCGUGGUGUUGCCUUUGGCUAUCGACACCGCGGCAGUUGGUCUGUACAGCAAGGACAAGGGCUUCCUCGGAUUGCAAUACCCAUCCCUAAACCCAACAUCGUCUGGCAAGACGAUCGUGGUGUGGGGAGGUUCAGCCUCUGUUGGCACAGCUGUCAUUCAGCUUGCUGUUGCCUCCGGCGCCAAAGUUGUGGCAGUGGCUAGCAAGCACAACCACGAUUUCGUCAAAUCUCUGGGAGCCAGCGAAGCGGUCGACUACAAUAACCCCUCCGUUGUCGAAGACGUUGUAAAAGCCGUGCAGUCCAUUGGCGGAGACUUCGCUGGUGCAUACGAUGCAAUCUCAAACGAAGCGAGCUACAAGUACGUGGCUCCGAUCGUCGAGAAGCUGGGCGGUGGCAGCGUCGCGAUAGUACUGCCACCACCUCAAGAGGGUCCCGAGAAUGUGCAGUUCGGCAGUGUCUUCGGAGUCAGCCCCAUCACCCAUCAGAUUUGGAGUGAAUACCUCGGUCCUGCGCUCGAGCAAGGAAAGCUGAAGGCUGUUCCGGAGCCGUUGGUCGUUGGUAAAGGAUUGGAGAGUGUGCAGAAGGGACUGGACACAAACAAGGCUGGAGUCAGUGCGAAGAAGGUUGUCAUCGAAUUGGUUUAG